ACCUCAACCCCACUUUUUAAAAAGAAAAUAAAAGUUGUGUGUUGUGUGAUUUGAUUUGGGAUUGUUUUAUCUUUAUUUUGUAGAAAAAGUUCAUCAAAAAUGCUUAAAAAUGCUAUAAAAAUUCUGCAUAAUUCAAAACCUAAUAUCCUCAAUAAAAGUAGAGCUACUUUCCAAACAUCAGCCACACUAAGAGAAAAGUGGGACCUCCUUACCGCUGUUCUUGUCGAAAGAAAACCAGUAAUAUGUCCUGAAUUAAAUGACAUAGAAAAAGAAUUCACAGAAUACUUACAAGCAGUGGAAUUCGAGAAAAGCCUUAUAAAUGAAACUGAGAUAAAACUAGCCAAAGAAAAGGCAGCCUUCAGCCAAAAGAAAGACGUAGAUAUCGAUGAAGUUGCUACAAGUCAGACUACACAAGAUCUAAUUGACGCUUACACAGAAGAAUUGGCACAGUUUAAGCCUGCAGAUAGAACUACCAAAGCUGAUAAAACUAAUGACGAGAAAUCGCUACAACGAAAACUAGACAAACAUUUAGUAUUUGUGCUGAAUCAAAAAAUUGGCGAUACAAAAUUCUAUAUUUUACCACAAGGCAAAAGGGAAGCGGGUGAAACCCUAAAACAAUGCGCUGAAAGAGUUUUGAAGGAAAAGUGCGGUACAGAUAUGAAAGCUCAAAUAUUUGGAAACGCGCCUUGUGGAUUUUAUAAAUAUAAAUAUCCUAAAACUAUAAGAAGUGAGGAUAGUAUAGGUGCAAAGAUAUUCAUCUAUUUUGCGAGGUAUUCUUCAGGGCAAGUUGCAGAAAAAGAGGCUGAUUAUCAGUGGUUGGAUAAGACGGAAUUAGAAAAAAUUAUGAGACACGGAGAUCGGAAUCCAGAUAAAGUAAGCAUAGGUCUUUUAAGUCCUUACCUGGACGAAAAAUAUUAUGUAGAAGGUUAUGGACAAUUAUUCAAAGAAGGUAUAAUGAGGGCGUACCAAGUAGGCAGCUACUUACGAUCAAGAUACGACAAUUUCCUUGGCCAAACAUGGAAUAUUAAAUAUUUGGAAGCUAGAACCUCUGAUUUUAAUCGAACUAAAAUGUCUUUACAAUUAGCCUUGGCUGGUUUGUAUCCACCUGUUGGAUCUCAGAUGUGGCCUUCUAAUACAUACUGGCAACCUAUACCUUAUAAUUAUGUACCUUUGUUCCAAGAUAAGGAGCUGUUGGCUUUCCGUGCAUGCCCAAGAUAUGCUAAACUCCUAAACAAUCUUUAUGAAGAGCCCGACAUUAAAAAGAAUCUUCAAAGAUAUGAAGAAACUUUUAGGAUUCUUGAAAACAAAACGUUAAGAAAAAUAGAUCCACAGAGUGCUUUUCAUUUGUAUAUUGGAUUUCAAAUUCAGGAACAACUCGGUUAUCCUUUGGAAGAAUGGACCAAAACAGUAUAUCCUGAACCUUUACAUGCUGAAAUGAUAGAUUUUUAUCAUAUAAUGACUAGUACUACUGAGAUUAGGCGAGUCAUUGCAGGAUUUUUUUUGAAGAAGCUUCUUACUGACACUGAAGCAAAAAUUAACGGUACUAUUGACCCACCUGAAAGAAAAAUGUUCUUUUACAGUGGCCAUGAAUAUAAUAUUGCUGCCUUACUUCAAACUUUGAAUCAAGAGAUAUUUGAACAGCCACCUUAUUGUGCUUUCAUAAUAUUUGAAGUUCAUAGGAUUGAUGGAGUUUAUGGAAUAAAAAUGUUUUAUCAAAAUUACAAGCAAACUGAUCCAGUUCUGCUCAAAAUUAAAGGUUGCGAUUAUUUUUGCCCCUUCAAUGAUCUCUAUAGGAUAGUAGAAAAAUAUUUGCCCGACAAUGAUGAAGAAUGUUUUGGAUCAACGUGAGGGUAUCAUGAGAACCAAUAUUUAUUAUGGUGUAGUGUCAAGCUAUGGAAAGAUGCUAAGGCAGGACAAACCCUGCCUUGUCAUAUUUUCGUGAAUAUUGUAAAAUUUUUGUCAAGACAUCUAAAAAGUAAACACAUCACAAUAUCUUUAUAAAAAUACUAACUAAAUC